AUGCCAGGAAACUUUUCUGAUGCCGACCAAUGCCGACAGUUAGAAUUUACGCCUGAAAAGGCACUUGAUGGCAGGCAUCUUAUAAACCAUGUGAUCCGCAUCGUUGAAGUCAUGACAAUGAAGUUCUGUGAGAACAUGUGUUAUAUGGAGCCAGACUGUGUCAGCAUUAAUCUUGAUAAACGAGUUGGUGGAAAUGGAGGGUACAACUGUGAAUUGAUUAAUGUUACUCACGAAGGACACGAACGUAAACUGAAGAAGAAAGACCAUUAUUUUUAUCAUGCAGCUGAGAUAUCGAUGAGUGUCCUGCAGGAACUCAAGAAUGCAGUGAAAAUGCCGUUUGCAACAAUACCAAAGGUUCCUAUAACAGUUCAUGUAAACCUGGAUAUUCUGGAGAUGGAUGGACAUGCAAAGUCGGCUGCUUUUAAUUUCACAGAUGUAGACGAGUGCAGUAACGGAACAUCCAACGGUACUGCUGACGCUGUGUUCAACAAUACCAAGGGACCGAAUCGCUGCAAAUGCAAACCAGGAUUUACUGGAGAUGAAAGGACUUGCAAAGGAACCCAAGACUGCAGUGAGAAUGCUGUUUGCAAUAAUAGCAAGGGUUCCUACAACUGUUCAUGUAAACCUGGAUAUUCUAGAGAUGGACGAACUUGCAAAGAUAGAAUCGAGUGCGCUGACGGAAAAUCUAGCUGUAGUGCAGAUGCUGUGUGCAACAAUACCAAGAGAUGGUAUCGCUGCAGAUGCAAACCAGAAUUUUUACAGGAGAUGGACGGACUUGCAUUGAUAUCAACGAAUGUGCUUCAGGGACACAAACCUGUAGUGCUGAUGCAGUGUGCAACAAUACCAAGGGAUCGUACAACUGUACAUGCAAGCCAGGAUACUACAGAGAUGGAAAUAUCUGCCGUUCGGGUAAUAUUUUUCCUGCGAUCCAAAAAGAGUGGUGAGGUUGCCCUUUACUUAGACUCAAAGCCAAUUUCUGUUUUUUGUCACCUGGGAGACUUUGGAUGCGGAGAUGGAGGAUGGACGCCGGUCAUGAUGAUCAAUGGUAAUAAGAGUACUUUCCAUUACGUUUACCAAUUUUGGAGGAACAGAAGUUCUUACAACCUUCUAGGAGGGAAGACUGGCUUUGACUUUCAAGAGACAAAGUUAUCGACUUACUGGGACACAUCCUUCUCCAACAUCUGUCUCGGCAUGAAGAUCGGCAAUUACCUCAGAUUCAUUGUCAUCAACAAGCAUGCCGACUCUCUCCACUCUCUCAUCGCUGAUGGAGAAUACCGCGCCACCUUACUUGGUCGUAAAAAUUGGGAGGUAUUGAUUGGCUCACAGGCAUCGUUGCAGCCGCACUGCAACAAGGAAGGAUUCAAUGCAGUGGGAGGCCAACUUCGUCAAUCCAAAGCAAGAAUCGGCAUCACUGCUAACCAGCAGAACGACUGCUCUUCUUGUGACUCCAGGAUUGGUUUUGGCACAGGAGGUCUGCAUGAUGACUCCAAUACUUGUGGAAACGAGGCAACACACCAGCCUGAUAAUGGAGAAAAGCACAUCAAAGCCAUGGGGUACAUCCUGGUUCAGUGACGGGGGACACAGCUAGAUUCCUAACUCU